AUGGGGGAACCGCACAACGCAGCAGUCCUCUACGACGAGCUGUACCUCCUCUUCGAUGACUACAUCGUAAAAAACAGCAAGCAACCCAGCACGUACGAGUCGAUCUUUCGUAAGAAGGAGUUUCUCGAGUUUGCAAAGCUCCAUGGCACCACCGCAGUAGGGACUUCCCCCAAAAAAUCGAUAAAGAACAAAGACGAAAUAAUAGACGAACUUAUUUACGCAUUUAAGCUCUUCGCAAAGUACACAAGCACAUGUGAUUUUUUCUCCAAAAAUGAAGAAGUAGACGACAUAAACACGUCGUAUUUGAAAUUCCUACUCAUCCCAUACAUACUGGGGGUUCUAUGCUACGAAACCAUAAGCAUGGAUAUACGAAGCGACCGGUUGAAAGACGCAAAGUUGUACUUUGCUGAAUUCAUUAACGUGGUAAAUUUGUAUAAUAUAGCUCCAGUGGAAGACUACCUCCUGGAUGAAGUCGGGGAUGCGUCACAUCCCAUGAACAGGAGAAACAUAAAGGUUAAAAGAGCCAAGGACGAAAAGAAGUUUCAGGACUUCUACGAUGAGAUGGUUAAAACGAACGUGAAGAAAGGUGCCUCUGAAAAUUGUAACCACUCCAGCUUCGCUAAUCACAUGGAGGAGGAACAACUUAGGGAAGUGUACCUCUCCCUGAUCAAGUGCAAAUGCCUGCAGACGCUUAACAUGCUGGACCUGAUAGACACGGAGCUGGAGGUCCUGGAAAUGCGCAACAGGCAACACCAAAACGGGCAGCUUACACACGAUCCGAAGCAGCCAAAUCAUGGGCAAACCCCCCAGAGCAACCACCCAAAGGAUGGCGUGAAGAAACCCUGGCUUUUCACCAUUAAAAAGAACAUGCCUCUUGCCGACCGGACCCAAAUGAGGAACUACUACAGGGACCUCGUCUUCACCCCCGCACAUAACUUACCCACCAUAUCGCUAGAGGAGUGUGCAAAAAUCGAAAUGGAGUACGCCCUCAAGGGGGAGGGAACGAAAAACGGUGCUUCGAAAAACGGUGCUGCGAAAAACGGUACUGCGAAAAACGGCACCGAUGAGGAAGACGACUACGAAAAAUGUUCCAACGAAAGCGAGAAGGAACUCAAGGACAGAGAGUGGGACGACUGGAAAGACAUGCACCAGAAGGGAAUUGGGAACAAAAACAGAAACGUUGCUUGA